AUGACAAACGUCGCUUGAAAUGCAACAUUCCUUGAGCCCCAUCUUCAGGGAGUAAGACGACGUGACAGCAGGAGCUCAGACUCCGAUCACGAUGAACGUUCCACGGAGGACGACGAGCGCUGCUUGCUGCGAAGCUCGCCACGUACGAGAUUGCCACCACCGCCUCCACCCCCGCCGGAUGACGACCCACCUCCAUUGAAACCGAGAGAGUUUUUUGAAAGACUGCAAUCGCAAGCUAUGAGGGAAGCCCAAGAAAAAAAAAGAACAAGAGAAUUGUCAAUCAAAGACUCGCUGUUCAGACCUGUCGACGCUGAUGGCAGUUGUGAAGACAGUCUCAGUCAGAGUCGAGAAAGUCUAUCAUCAGACGGCGAAGGGGCGCGUGGCGACUGUUCUUCCGUUGAUUCGUCAGGGUCAGCAUCGGAAGAGCAACCACCAUGCGACAUAGGACUCCUAGAAAGACUAAUCAGGACGCACCCUGUGUGGUUCCUGCCUGGUAUUCAAAGAGCCGGUGCCUUCCAUCUUCUCCAGGGAAAAGAGGAAGGGAAUUUUGUAGUACGUCAAUCAAGCCAACCGGAUACAAUGGCUAUAAGUGUACGUCUACCAGCCGACAAGGGCCCCUACAUUGAACAUUACCUGAUACAGGCGUCUGGAGGGCGCAUUGGGCUCGAAACGUCUCACAAUCGCUUCGACAAUAUACCUGAACUAAUCGCUCAUUAUUCACAAUGCUGUGAUGAGCUCCCAGUGCAACUGCAACUGCCUCGUCCGCUUCGUGAAGCCAAGAGUCGACACCAACUCAGCUCGCUAGCCAUGUUAGGCCAGGAGUUCUGGGGAUACCCCAUGGCAAACCCGAAGAACAAUCCGAACAAUCUUCUUUCUCCAUGUCAGUUGGCCAAUGGCGUAGUUCCAAUGGCUGUUACUCCUUCUGACACUGGAUCUAGUCUUAGUAGUUUUAAUACGAGUACCCGGACAGACUCCCGUGAACAUAUUCUCAGCCCAGAUAAAGAUCAAAAUGUAGUGCUUAAAAUGUCACCGAUAGAUAGCUCAGGUUCCCCACCGAUUCAAAACCAAAACCUCAGCACCUUCAAAGGAAAAACAGCUCCGUCACCACCAGCAAAACCUAACAGUGCAUUUAUCAGGGCGCCUAGACCUACCCCACCAAAUACUUUAAAUCUCAUGUCUAGUACUGCGCAUAUAACACAACCUCAUUCAUUUCCAACAACCAACACGCACCAUUCUCCCACUCAUUUAAACAAUAUUAAAACUACCCCACCUCCACCGCCUCCACGAUGGGCCAAACCACCUUUCUCUAAGCCUUCUCUAUCACCUAAAUCUGAUGCUGUAGCUUUCAGUCCUAUUAACAAAGCUUCACAGAAUGGAAACAUAACUGUUACCACAACCGUUACAUUCUGUGUCAAUAACACACAAAUUCACAAUCAUCAAAUCAAUGAGAGCAUCCAAAGCGACAGGUUGCAACUAACACUUGCGUCUAACGCCAUGAAUAACAACAAUAGCGCAGACUCUGUUUUUGGGGCCAUGGAUACGACGAAAAACAUGUCAGAUUCUAAUACUGAAUCACAGAACAUGAUGCACCGUAUGUCGCCAGAAGGGGAGUGCAUCAAUGCCAUGACGGCUAGUUUGCACGGGAGCUUCAAACGUCAAAUGACCGAGCAGAAUAAUGUAGAACCUGGAUCACCAGUAGAACAAUCUCAAACAAAUACAUCCGAUUCAGUGGAUCCAAUCGUUAACAGUUUAACUAAGUCAAGCACUUUUGUCCCAAAUCAUUUGGUAUCACCAAAUGGAACGAACUCGGUUACUAGCGGGAUUUUUUCCCCUACAAGUCAAAUAAACUCUCCUGUAUCUAACGACACAAUUUCUUCUAAAAGCGGUGUUUUUUCUCCUCUAAGUCAAACUAACAAAAGUGAGCUCUUUUCACCGGUGUCUAGAAGUUCUCCUAUAUCAGGAAAAAAUGUUUUUUCACCAUCUUCUAAUCAAUCGAUUAUAUCGCCUAUGAUGGGAAAAGACAGAGAUAAAGUUCUGUCUCCAAAUACAAAUACAGCAAGUACUACACCGUCUGGUAGAUCGAGAAGGAGUAAGCACUCCCACCGAAAGGAGUCCAGACAUUACCAGGAAUCAGAUAUACUUGAAUCUCCAGGGGUGUAUUGCAGAAGUUAUUUGAUGGACAAAGUAUCAGAUUACGAAGAUAUUUGGGGACCAGAAAGCAAUAGUUGCUCUACAUUUAAACCAUUGAAACCCGAAAAUGAAAACAACAUACACAAUGGGUUAAUGAAAAGUAAGAGACCUGAUCUCUUGCCGGAUACUUUACCGAAAUUAAAUGCAGCAAAAAGUACCCAAUCAAUACUGGAAAAAGAAAAUAUGCAUAUAAUUAAUUCAACAGAAAGCUUAAAUGAUAAGAAAAAUCUUUCUGAUAGCUCUCUCAAGAAGAGCUUCAGACGAUCGAAUGACAUUAUUGCUACCACAAAUAGUAAGGGAGACACUGUACCAAAGAGGCCGGACAAACUUAAUAUACAAAUGAACAUGAAUAAGAAACUGAAUGAAGAAAUCGAAGCUGUGAUUAAAAGCAAAGAAAAUUUUAACACUGAAAGUAUGGAAACUAUUAAAUUGGAAGAUGACUGUGUUAAGGUUUCUAUCGAGGAGGAAUCUGAAAAGGAUAAAGCUGGAAGCCCUUUUUAUGCGGAUCCCGUAGAUACUUUAAAGGAAGCUGCCUUGUUAGCACCAGUGCAACGACGUAAAUUAUUAAAAAUUGGUGUAAAUCUUUCUCAACGUUAUUCUGAACCACCAAAUCAAAACCAUCCCUACUAUCCGCUUCGUGAUAUGCAUAGCAUUGAAGAACUAUCCCCGUCAUCACCGAACACCUCUUCAUCCGUGGACAACCUGAUGUCUUUGCGGAGUAAACCAAAAAUGAAACCAGUGCAGCCACCGCGUGUCGCAACCAAGCCACCCUCAGGCAAGAACGACCAGACUUGGACCCUUGAUUCCAGUUGGGAGUUUAUAAACAAAAAUGACGAAUGUUUAAAUGAAAGUGGCACUUUCCCAUCACUGGCAGAACAGGAAUGCCGGCUAAGUGGGGUUGACGACGUAUCACAGCAUUUGACUGUACAUCAAAUCGUUGCUCUAAGAUUUCCUGAUUUACGCUUAAACUUAGAGCCAGCGACGUUACCCGAAGAAGUGAGAUCACCACCGCGAGCUUCAUGUUACGACAAUGUCCAUGACCUGCGACCUUUAUCUGAACAGGCUAGCGACGAUGGAACUGUUUUCUCUGAGCCUUGGGAUAGUUCACAGUGGGACGGUUUGAUACCACCCGCAAAUGGUCAAUUUUAUGACAAUGAGGAGCCAUAUGAAUGGGAGUCUCCACUUCCAAGGCGAGGAAUUGUUGUAGCGACAAGAGCUAAAAGUUUCAGAGACCGACUUGAUCCUCUUCUAGCUGCUGGCCGCGUUCGAGCAUUGCGCGGGGGACGGACGGUUCGCGGUGCGGGUGCAGCGCUUCGUGCGUACGCGCUACAUCUCGCUCAAGAUAAAAGCACCACUUUCGCCCAAAACAUAGACAACUUUAUUGCCUGUACUCUUGAUUCGAAGGAGACCUGCCCACAGGUGAUGAUGCGCAAUAUGAGGCAAUUCAUGUCUGGCAUGAAGAAUUAUCUCGUCAAACACGGAGAGAGGGAAUUUGAGAAAGAAGUGGAAAAAGAACGACUUAAACUCAAACCAACUGAGUUCCUGAACUUGGACGCGAUCCUAGAAGGCGUGAUGCACCGACUAGUGGUGCGACCUCUACGUUCACGAUUAUACACGUUGCUAGCCGCGUGGCAUUCCGCUGAUGUACGCAGGCUUCAUGCGGCGCUAGAACGCGCUCAACAUACUACUCCAUUACAACUUGGUGUAAAGGAAUCUACAAGGGUACCGUCACCAGCAGUAUUAGCUAUCAUAUCAAAGAACUUCCUGAAGAUGCAGGAGGCUGAUUCGCCAUUGGACAAGCUGGAGAAUCUUCUAGCAGCCAUUUCUGUAAUGUUUAAUGCUAUCCGCGGAGAACGGUCGGUGGGUGCAGAUGACCUACUGCCAGUGCUGGCGUACAGCGUGGCACGCUGUCGGCUCGUUUGUGCGGAGCUGGAAGCCGAACUUAUGGCGGGACUACUGCCUGCCGCGCUACUAGCUGGCGAAGGCGGCUACUACCUUACCGCACUUUUCUCCGCCGUAGCCGUACUCAAAAGAUUGGCGCCUGAACCGCAGCCCGAUAGUACUACUUCAUGGCGGCGCGGCUCGCUGGACGGCGGCGGCGCAGGGCGCGAGGCGUGCGCCGUGGCGGUGGUGCGCGUGGUGCUGCCCGACGAGUGCCGCGGCUCCAUCCGCCGCGUGCCCGUGCCGUGCCGCCCGGGCGCGCGCGCGCGGGACCUGUGCCGCGCGCUCGCACACGCCGCAGCCAUCACCAACCCUCAAGACUAUGCCCUGUUCGCCUUGCACGAUGGACACGAAACAAUGUUGAAUGAGAACGACUGCCCACAAGAAGUGAUGUCGGAGAAGAGCGGUCAGAACUUCACGCUCGCCUACCGCAGGAUAGACGCGAAGAUCGCAUGGCCACAGCAGGCCCUGCUUUCUUACCCGUAG